UUGUCUUCUCCGUGUUCCGUGUUUUACGUGGAAUUUCUGUCGUUUUCUUUUUAAGUUUUAUUAGAAAAGUAAUAGUUUUGACUUUUUUUAGUAAUUUUUAAAUAAAUAAAGUGACAAAGUUAAAGAACUAAAAGUUAAAAGAAAAUUAAAGGGAACUACACAAAAACCGCACACAAACAGGACACUGGCAUACAAGCGAAAGUCCACAAACCAGACCCAGUCAAAAAACGUAAAGGUUGCAGAUUCGACUUAGUUUAAUACACAAAAUACAAUGAACAUCCCAAAUGAAUAUAUUGCAAAAACAGAAGAUGUUGCGGAUCAGGUGAUACGACGCGGUAAGAACAUCCUGCCAACAGUAGCUCGCCUCUGCCUGAUAGCCACAUUUUUCGAAGAUGGCCUUCGGAUGUACUUCCAAUGGAACGAGCAACGCGAAUAUAUGGACAUGAGCUGGGGUUGUGGUAAAUUUUUGGCAACUGUAUUUGUGUUAGUAAAUUUAAUUGGACAAUUGGGAGGAUGUGGAAUGGUUAUUGCUAGGUUCAAAGUUGACAUUGCUGUUUGCAUUCUAUUUUUCAUUGUUGUACUACAGACCAUUGCUUACUCGAUAUUGUGGGAUAUUCAAUUCUUAUUGCGUAAUUUAGCAUUAAUUGGUGCACUGCUGUUAGUUCUGGCAGAGUCGAGAGUUGAAGGGCGCAGCCUUUUUGCCGGUGUUCCCACCAUGGGCGAUAACAAACCCAAAAAUUUCAUGCAACUCGCUGGACGUAUUUUGCUUGCAUUUAUGUUUAUCACAUUAAUUCGUUUCGAAUUAAGUUUCUUGCAAAUCCUUCAAGAUAUUGUGGGCUCCAUUCUGAUGGUUUUAGUAACAAUCGGUUACAAAACGAAAUUGUCGGCUUUAAUUUUAGUUGCCCUUUUGACUGUUUUGAAUCUAUAUCAUAACGCGUGGUGGACCAUUCCCUCAUAUAAACCUCUCAGAGAUUUUCUUAAAUAUGACUUCUUCCAGACUCUUUCUGUUAUUGGUGGCCUCCUCAUGAUUGUCUCAUUGGGUCCCGGUGGUGUGUCCAUGGACGAGCAUAAAAAGAAAUGGUAGAUAAUAGAACGAUGACGACGGACAUUAACCCCUCCUCAACACUGUCUACAUCAUUGAGUGAUUCUUUUUAUUAUAAACCUUUUGAGUUUUCUUCAUUAUCAUCCUUCGAGCUUAUUUCAUUAAGCAAAGAAGAAAGACGUAUACAUACAUACAACAAGAAAUUCAAACUUCUGAUAUUUUUAAUUUAUUCUGUUGUGUUUGUAUUAGUUUUGUAAUAUGGAAUUUUGUCCCCAAAAAAAAAAGUAAGAGAACUGUAAGAGAAAAACCAGCAACAAUUUUUUUUACAAAACAAACAAAAAAUCAACCAUAAAAUGGAAAAAUAUAUAAAAUAAAAUACAAAAUAGUAAAUUUACAAAAUCAAUGCGACACAAAAAACAUUUUUGAAGAAAAACAGGAAUCACAUGAAAAAAAAACGGAAAAAAUAUGCAAUUGUAAAUUGCUUUUAUAAUUAAUCUGAACCAACGACUAUUUUUUAUUUUUUUUUUUUUUUUGUUACUGAACAUUUUAGAUGUCCAAACCCCUCAUUAGCUUGAUGCGAUACGACUAUUUCGUCAAAAGUCAUUCUAGGUCUUUUAUUUUCAUUCAAAAAUGUUUCUAAUGUUUUUUAGUUUUUUUUUGUCUGUGUAUGUGUUAUAUUUUGUUCCAUAGUAUGUAUAUUCCUAUUAGUAAUUUUAAGAGAAAACAUUAAACCCCAUUUUUAUAAUGCCAACAGGACUUGAGAAUGAAUUAAGUAAACGUUUUUAAUAUACGGCUAAAAUGACGAUAGACUGUAAA